AUGGAAUCCGCCGGCAAGAGCGCCGGAGCCGUGACUCCGAUCAAAGACCACCACGGCUCAUCCCGAUCCAAGAAGCAGGAGAAUCCCCGCCACUCGGAGAAUCUAAACCCUAACGUCUCCCCCGGCCUGAGAUCCGCCAAGUCGCAGAAAUCGGCGCCGAAGAAUCCGAAUCCGAACCCGAACCCGAAACCGGUUGUGUUUCAGUCGCCGAAAAAGAAGAUCCGGGAGAGGAAGUUCGUGGUGGCGAAGAAGAGAGUUAAGAAGGAAGAUCCAGAUCCGAAUUCGGACCCGAAUCCGAACGCCGAGUGCGGAAAGUGCAAAGAGAGAGGGAAGAAGUGUAUGUGCUUGGCUUACGAGACUCUCAGGGCUUCUCAGGAGGAGUUCUUCAAGACCCGACCCGAACCCGAACACGAAAGCGGGUCCAAGGAGGCCGAUCGGGAAAUCGAGGAGGCGUUGCUGAUUCAGGAUCGGGAUUUUGACGAUCGCGGCCCGGGCGAGGCCGACCCGACUGAGGAAACGGGUCCGGGUUGCUCGACGGUUAAGAGGAGGAGGGCGAGGCUGUUGGAGGAGGCGAGGCAGAGCGUGCCGGAGCGUGGGAAGGUGAUGCAUUUGGUUCAGGCCUUCGAGAAGCUGCUCACGAUUCCCAAGGGAGAAGAAGAAGGAGGAGAAGAAGAGAGUGAUGAUAAGAAGAAGAAGGCGACGAAAUGGGCCUUGCCUGGGCUUCAACCACCGCAGGCACACGAGUCGUCAUCGUCGUUUUGCCCGUCGGAUUUGUUUCUGACGUCUGAGAAUCUCGGGCUGGAUCGCCGGCCGUCGGUUUCGUCGUCUUGGGAUGGAAGCCUGGGAAGCGUUUCGAACAAUGGGGGGAGGAGAAGCCGGAGAAAUAGCUCGGAGUCGUCUGGCACGAUUGGAGGAAGCAGAUGGAAGAAGAAGCAGCAGCAGAGAGCCACUAGCCUCAAACCAUUCAAGCUCAGGACAGAGGAAAGGGGGAGAAUGAAGGGAGAAGAGUUCAUGAAGAAGGUGCAGGAGAUGAUGAUACAGGAGGAGAGGCAGCGGAUACCAAUUGCUCAGGGACUCCCAUGGACAACAGAUGAACCAGAGUGCUUAAUUAAACCUCCUGUCAAAGAGAGCACAAGACCAACAGACCCGAAGCUCCACACUGACAUGCGGGCAGUAGAGCGUGCUGAGUUUGAUCAUCAGGUGGCAGAGAAGCUGAGCCUGUUUGAGCAAUACAAGAUGGAAAGAGAGAGACUGCAGAAGUUGGCAGAAGAGGAAGAAGUAAGAAGGCUGAGAAAGGAGCUUGUUCCAAAAGCACAGCCAAUGCCCUACUUUGACAGGCCUUUCAUUCCCAGAAGGUCAAUGAAGCAUCCAACCAUACCCAAAGACCCAAAGUUCCAUAUCCCUCAACAUAAGAAGAUCAAGUGUUGCAUGUCAUGGAAUGAUGAUAUGAGCUCCUACUCUUAUCAAAGUGAAGCUUGA